AUGGGUCGUCGAGUUGUCUCCAGCGGCUGUCACUCGGCAGAGCAGAAAAACGGCGACUUUGUGGCUCUCCGGCGGUUGUCACCCGACGGAGAGGAGCUGGAUGGAGGUGGGGCGCGUGUCAAGGAGCUUCAUCCUCAGGUCCGCGCAGCAAGAGGAGGCUCUUCAUCGCAUCUGAUACGCUCUCAGGAGGUGGCGACUCGUCUCCCAGCGGAUCGUCCUCUUCCCGACGAUGGCUUGUUCGUCGAUCAAUCGGAGAUGAUUUACUCGAUGGAUUUGCGAUCCUUUUAUCGCGAAUCCUUCAGCAAUUUUAGUAGCAAUGCUCCGCGAAUCGUGUAGACGAGAUUUUCGCCGAUGAUCCAGCGAUUCUCAUUGCUUAAUCCUUCACUGGCGAUCUACAAGAAAGCCACGAUAAUUAGAUAAAAAUAUAUGACUUUUGACUUUGGAAGGACUCGAACCCGCGCCGGUCACCCACCUCUUCUGAGGAAGGUGUGACGCGGGUUUAGUCCCACAUCGGUUGUGUGCCGAUUUUUCGGGUAAAUAUAUAGUAAUAUUAGCUUUCUAAGCAAAGUCCCUUCUCUUGCGUGUACGACCACUCCUUGCCCCACAGCCGGCUGGCCACCGGUGUCGCGGAAGGGAAGUGGCGCACACGAGCCCCUAUCGGUCCAAACCGCUUGAGCCCCUGCUCGCGGCUACUCACCGACAGAGCUUCCGAUCCACUUGCGGGCCCAGCGGGUCCCCCCAUUUUGCAAUAUUUUAGUUUUAUUUCUUUUUCUUCAUUUAUCUCAAAAGCAAGACUAUAAAAAUCAUAUAAAUUCGUAUAAAAUCACAUAAUUAUCCAAAAAAUCACAUUAAUCAACUGAAAACCACUUUUCACACUUUAACACAAAUAUAAGUCUAUUUAUCACGAGUUAAGGCUAAAACUAUAUUAUUUACUAAUUAUUAACUCAUGAUAAUGAAGACUUAUCAGGCGCGUGUCAGGGAGCUUCAUCCUCAAGUCUGCGCAGCAAGAGGAGGCUCUUCAUCGCAUCUGGUAUGCUCUCAGGAGGUGGCGACUCGUAUCCCGGCGGAUUGUCCUCUUCCUGACGACGGCUUGUUCGUCGAUCAAUCGGAGAUGCUUUACUCGAUGGAUUCGCGAUUCUUUUAUCGUGAAUCCUUUAGCAAUUUUAGUAACAAUGCUCUGCGAAUCGUGUUGACAAGAUUUUCGUUGAUGAUCUAGCGAUUCUGGCUGCUUAAUCUUUCACCGGCAAUCUGCAGGAAAGUCGUGAUAAUCAGAUAAAAAAAUAUGAGUUUUGGCUUUGGGAGGAUUCGAACCCGUGCCGGUUGCCCGCCCCUUUCUGAGGAAGGUGUGACACGGGUUUAGUCCCACAUCGGUUGUGCGCUGAUUUUUCGGGCAAAUAUAUAGUAAUGUUACAUUUCCAAGCAAAGUCCCUUUCUCGCGCGUGUACGACCACUCCUUGCUCCACAGCUGGCUGGCCACCGGUGA